CAUCAACAGGAAGACCUUUGUUACUAUACUCUAUCGAGUUUUCAAACCAAAUAAAAUUCCACAGGCUUUAGUAGGAUAUUUUCUGAUGUAAGAUUAGUCUACAUGAGACGUUUAUUUAUCACAAUUUAAAUCGAGUUUUGAUAUUUAAAAAGGUGUGGUCUUAGCUUUUAUUCAUCUGAUCGCAGUGACAAAGAAAGUAACUGUAGCGAACACAUUUACUGUCAAUUUUUGUAUUUGAAGAAACGAAGAAAGAAUACAGUAGCUUCCACGAUGGAUCGGGUAAGAGCUAGACCAUCCCCCUCCACCCUGCUGGAGACCCCUGGUCACAACUCUCCCGGUAGCACCUUACUGCUGGGUCUGAAGAGGGUGUCUGUGUGGUUGGUCGACUGCAGGAAAACACCAGGGCAGAGUGGAACUGUGAGAGAAGGACACGAGGAGGAUGGAGAUUUGAUUUCAUCAAGGGACUCCCCUAACCAUCGCUCUUUCAGUGGAAGGGACUUAUCAUCUGGGGAGCCUCAACAACAUCAUGUAACUGAUGAGGCCGAGAAGAGUCUCUCCAGGUCAGAUCACCUCAAGAAACACCAGCAGAGACGUACAGGGAAGAAACCUCAACACUGCUGCUCUGACUUUGGGAAGAGUUUCACUAGACUGAGGUCCUUAAUUCACCAGCAGAUUCACACCGGAGAGAAACUGUACUGCUGCUCUCAGUGCGGGAAUAGUUUUACUGCAUCUAACGCCUUAAAAUAUCAUCUAAGAAUUCACACAGGGGAGAGGCCUUACCCAUGCCUUGAUUGUGGGAAAAGCUUUGCUAAUUCGGGAGGCCUAACCAUACACAAACGUUUACACACUGGAGAGAAACCUUAUCGCUGUGAUCAGUGUGGGAAGAGUUUCAAUCAGUCAGGACACCUGACUACACACCAGCGAACACACACUAGACAGAGGCCUUAUAGCUGUGAUCAAUGUGGGAAGGGAUUCAAUCAGUCAGGAGAGCUGACUACACACCAGCGAACACAUACUGGACAGAGGCCUUAUAGCUGUGAUCUGUGUGGGAAGAGUUUUUCUCAAGCUUUCUCCCUGACUACACACAAGCUAACACACACUGGAGAGAGACCUUAUGUCUGUCUAUGUGGAAAAAGCUUUGCUCGAGCUUCCACCCUGACAAGACACCAGCGAACACACACUGGAGAGAAGCCUUAUAGCUGUGAUCUGUGUGGAAAGAGCUUUUCUCAAGCUUUCUCCCUGAAUAAACACAAGCUAAUACAUACCGGAGAGAAAGAAACCUUAUGUCUGUGAUCAGUGUGGGAAGAGCUUCAGUCAAUCAGGGACCCUUUAUUCACACCAGUGAACACACACUGGAGAAGGUAUCUUAUGUCUGUCUAUGUCGGAAGAGCUUUGCUCUUUUAGGGCCAAUGGAAAAAACACCAGAAGGCACAAACGUGCUGUAUUUCAUCUCCCUCCUAUCCGGCACUGAUUCCAGAUCCCUAAAUGAAGGAUCAAAAGAAAACAUCUAGUGAACAGUCCUAUCCAUCUCCCUUUCUUAAACAGUUUACUUAGUUUUAUCACCAUGGUAACCCUUGUAGAGCAUAGAUGCGUUAAAGAAGAAAAUCGAACUCGACCAAAACAAUGGAGAAAGGGCCUUGGGAGAAAGAUCCUGAAUCUCCUUAUUGCCCCCCAGCAAAAUUAGCCUACAUUUAGACUUGUUUAUACAGUGCUAUGAAAAAGUAUUUGCCCCCUUUCUAAUUUUCUCUACUUUUGCAUAUUUGUGAUACUGAAUG